GAACGUGGUCAACAACUGCGGAAGACGGAUAGCCGAAAACGCACGUUUCAAGUCUCCAUCACUCCAAUAAUCUUUGCACGAACUGACUCGGGAGGUCACCAAGCCUGCGACUGAACCGGUCCAUUUCUGUUGGCAUUGAAGACGUUCUAACUUAGAGAGUUGUUCCAGAAGCAUCAGAAGAGCCAAGAUGCGUUUUGCAAUGAUCAUCGCCACCUUCGUUGCUGUCGCCACUGGACCGUCUGAAGUAAGAGGAGUGCCAUUCAAAGCAGUCUUCAAGGACCACGUCGCUUUUCCCGAUUUCGAACUUUCUCUGUCUGGAGUUCCCACGAGGAACGUAAAAUUUACCAAAGGAAGAGCAGGGCCUCUAAACGUGGUUCUCACGCCUACCCGUGGUUCUCUUGGGGCUUAUAAGACAGUUCUAUCACUGAGGGACAUGCGUGUCAUCUACGAGGCUGUAGCCACUGAGCCCAAAGAAGAGUUCCAAGUGGUAGUAGAUGUAAUACAGGGCUUGGUUGAAGUGGAGCGGACAAAAACCGCAGGCGGGGAAUUUGAACUGAAGGACGUCACUUUUAAGGAUCUGAACGUGUAUGUUCAAAAGCCAGCUGAGUUCAGCAGCCACGGAAAGCAGAACACUCUGUUUGAAGAGGAGCUGAAGAAAAAAAUCGUGGAGUUUGUGAAGCUCUUCGUACAGGGAGAUGUGGUGAACGACGCGCUGACGAACUUCGGAGCUGAUACCCCCCAACUAACCUCGACCACUGUCGUCACCACGGGACCCUCUGAAGUAAGGAGAGAGCCAUUCAAAGCAGUCUUCGAGGAACAAGUGGUUUUUCCCGAUUUCGAAUUUUCUGUGUCUGGAGUUCCCACGAAGAACGUGAUUUUCACCAAGGGAAGAGCAGGACCCCUGAGCGUGGUGUUCAAGCCUACCCGUGGUUCUCAUGGGGCGUAUAAGACUGUUCUAUCACUCAAGGACCUGCGUGUCAUCUACGAGGCUGUAGCCACCGAGCCCAAGGAAGAGUUUCAAGUGGUAGUGAAUGUAAUACAUUGCUUGGUUGAAGUGGAGCGCAGAAAAACCGCAGGUGGGAAAUUUGAACUGAAGAACGUCAUUGUGAAGGAUCUGGACGUGUAUGUUGACAAGCCAGCUAACAUAAGCAGCGAUGAAAAGCAGAACACUCUGUUUGAAGAGGAGGUGAAGAAAAAAAUAGUGCAGUUUCUGGAGGUGUUUGCACAGGGGGAAAUGGUGAACGAUGCACUGACCGACCUCGAGGGUCACACCUCGACCGCUGCCUGAAGAACACACAUUAUAUGCAUGCAUGAUCGGACGUUUUGAGCAUCCGAUGUAAUCUAUCGUUUCUUACAAGGAUAUGUACGUUCUUAUCGAAUCUUAAGAAAUAAACGCAAUAAUUUUAUACUUGUA